UGAUGAGUAAUGAAAAAAUUGAUUUAUUAAUUGAUUCAAGAAGUUAAGCAACAUGAAGGUUGUGCUGUGAACAGAUCUGAAUAAAAAUAUUAACAAGCAAGAAGUUAAUCUCGUCCGAAUUGGUACCUUUAUUCUAUUGAUGGAUGAUGCCAAAUCAAAUCCAAAACUAACCUUAUUACCUCUUAUUGCUCUAAUCUUCUACGAAGUCUCCGGCGGUCCAUUCGGAGUUGAGGAUUCUGUUAGUACCGGCGGUGGUCCUCUUCUAUCCUUACUCGGUUUCUUCCUUUUCCCUCUCAUUUGGAGCGUCCCUGAAGCUCUCGUCACCGCCGAACUUGCCACUGCUUUCCCUCACAACGGUGGCUAUGUUCUUUGGAUAUCCUCUUCUUUUGGUCCCUUUUGGGGUUUUCAACAAGGUUUUUGGAAAUGGUUCAGUGGUGUUAUGGACAAUGCUCUUUAUCCUGUUUUGUUUCUUGAUUACUUGAAACAUUCUUUUCCUAUUUUUAAUCUUAUGUUAGCCCGAAUUCCUGCUCUCUUAGGGAUCACUUUUUCUCUUACUUAUUUGAAUUACAGAGGUCUUCACAUUGUUGGUUUCUCUGCUGUUGUUUUAACCAUUUUUUCACUUUUACCCUUUCUUGCUAUCUUUGUUCUUUCUGUUCCCAAAAUCAGACUAAGCCGAUGGUUUGUUGUCGAUUUUAAUAAGGUCAAUUGGCGUGGUUACUUCAAUAACAUGUUUUGGAAUUUGAAUUAUUGGGAUAAGGCUAGUACACUUGCUGGAGAGGUUGAUAAUCCAAGUAAAACCUUUCCUAAAGCACUUUUUUGGGGGUUGCUUUUGGUGGUCUGUUCGUAUUUGAUUCCGUUGCUAGCAGGAACUGGUGCUUUGAGUUCCCCUCCAACUGAAUGGGCUGAUGGUUAUUUUUCUGAAGUCGGGAUGUUGAUUGGUGGUUUUUGGCUUAAACUGUGGAUUCAAGCUGCCGCUGCCAUGUCUAACCUUGGAUUGUUUGAAGCAGAAAUGAGUAGUGAUGCUUUUCAACUUCUUGGAAUGAGCAAGAUGGGAUUGCUUCCAGCUGUAUUCUCAUCAAGGUCUAAGUAUGGAACGCCGACUAUUAGCAUUUUGUUCUCUGCAACUGGAGUUAUCUUCUUGUCAUGGAUGAGCUUUCAGCAAAUACUGGAGUUCCUCAAUUUCUUAUAUGCUAUAGGAAUGCUUCUUGAGUUUGCAGCUUUUAUAACUUUGAGAUUGAAGAAGCCAAAUCUUUAUAGACCUUUCAGAGUUCCGUUCCAAACAUUUGGGGCGGCCAUGCUUUGUUUGCCUCCUGCUCUGUUACUUAUUCUUGUUAUGUGUCUCGCUUCUUUGAGAACGUUCUUUGUAAGUGGAGCGGUAGUGAUCGUUGGAUUUAUCUUGUACCCUAUCUUGGUUCAAGCCAAGAAUAAAAAUUGGUUACUGUUUGAAGCGGAACAACUGUCAUCACCUUCCAAUGGUUGGCAUUCAAUUGAUUCAGAACUGGUUGGUCAUGAAAACAAGGACACAGAGCUUCCUAUGAGCUCACCAUUGCCUAUGGUGGAAGAAGAAUUGUCUUUAAUGGAAAGUGAUUCUAAUCCAAAGUAGAGGGUCUUGUCUUGACGUAUUUUUCAUAGAAAAUUCACAUUAGAUUGUUGAAUAUUAUGGUCUUCAUAGACUUUAUUAAGGUAGCAAGAGAUGGACACGGUUUUCCAUUAUACUGUUGAUUCAAGUAUUGAGAGGGGCCACUGUAAAACAGAUAUUCAAAGAGUAGAAGCAGAGUUCUGUAGGAUGGCUGAAUAGUGAAAAGAGCAUGACCAAAUCUUGUUUGUUGUACCUUGCUUAUAUUUUACAUUUGUUAUUACAAUCAAUUUAACAAAGAAUUAUAAUUAUUUUCUAUCAAUGAAAAUUCUUAUCAGUUACAACAUGUUUGUUUCUGCA